GUUACUUAUCGCACAAUGACUUCCCUCUAACUCGACCGAGUUCACUCGUCCGAUCUGAUCCCACUCGUCCCGUCAGAACUCGGCAGCCAUGAUGCUGGAUCUGGGUCCGUUCUCGGACGAGAAGUUCGAUGCGAAGCGGUGGGUCAACUCGGCGUGUCAGGCGCGUCACCCACAGGACUCGCUGGAGAAGCACCUGGUGGAUCUGGAGAUGAAGCUCCAGAUUUCUUCCGAGGAGAUUGCGGCGUCGCUCGAGGAGCAGAGCGGCGGGGCAAUCCUCCGGGUUCCACGCGCCACGCGUGACGUCCUCCGCCUCCGCGACGACGCGGUGUCUCUGCGAGGCUCCGUCGCCGGAAUCCUCCAGAAGCUCAAGAAGGCAGAGGGUUCUUCAGCAGAGUGUAUAGCUGCUCUUGCUAGGGUGGACAAUGUCAAGCAGAGAAUGGAGGCGGCAUACAAAACAUUACAGGAUGCUGCUGGGUUAACACAGUUAAGCUCCACGGUUGAGGAUGUUUUUGCUAGCGGUGACCUUCCUCGUGCUGCAGAAACUUUGGCUAGUAUGAGAAAUUGCUUGUCUGCAGUUGGAGAGGUUGCGGAAUUUGCCAACGUGAGGAAGCAACUAGAGGUGUUGGAGGAUAGGCUGGAUGCUAUGGUGCAGCCACGUCUUACUGAUGCAUUAACCUAUCACAAGGUUGAUGUUGCCCAAGAUUUGCGAGGAAUUCUCAUCAGAAUUGGGAGAUUCAAGUCUCUAGAAUUGCAUUAUUCCAAAGUUCGUCUGAAGCCAAUAAAACAACUCUGGGAGGAUUUUGACAUAAAGCAAAGGGCUAGCAAGCUUGCUAGCGAGAAGGAUGAAAGCAAAAGGUUGUCUACUGGCGAUGAGUUUCAGUCAGCUUCCCCUCAGAUAUCGUUCGCCAGUUGGCUGCCUAGCUUUUAUGACGAGUUGCUACUCUAUCUUGAGCAGGAAUGGAAAUGGUGUAUGGUUGCCUUCCCUGAUGACUACCAGACUCUCGUCCCAAAGCUCCUAAUUGAAACCUUGGGAGUUUUGGGGCCUAGUUUCGUUUCUCGUAUUAACCUUGCGACAGGAGACGCGGUUCCUGAAACAAAAGCCCUUGCCAAAGGUGUGUUGGAUGUAUUAUCUGGAGACAUGCCUAAGGGUAUUAAAAUUCAGACAAAACAUCUCGAGGCCUUGAUUGAACUGCAUAACAUCAGCGGGACAUUCGCAAGAAACAUUCAGCACCUAUUUGCAGAAUCUGAAGUCAGGGUCUUAAUAAACACGCUGAAGGCUGUGUACUCGCCUUUUGAGUCGUUUAAGCAAAAGUAUGGGAAAAUGGAGCGUGUUAUCCUCUCCUCCGAGAUCGCAGGAGUUGAUCUGAGAGGGGCUGUUACUCGUGGUAUCGGGGCUCAAGGAAUUGAACUCAGCGAGACAGUGCGGAGGAUGGAAGAGUCCAUUCCCCAAGUUGUGGUUCUUCUCGAAGCUGCAGUCGAAAGGUGCAUCAGCUUCACUGGCGGUUCUGAAGCGGAUGAGCUAAUUCUUGCACUCGAUGACAUAAUGGUACAGUACAUCUCUAUGCUUCAGGAAACCCUUAAAUCUCUGAGAGUUGUGUGUGGAGUGGACGGUGCAGGAGAUGGAAUUGGUUCGAAGAAAGAGGGGAGUUCGGAGAAAAGGGAUAGCUCUCGUAAAAUGGACUUGAUCUCGAACGAGGAGGAAUGGUCCAUUGUCCAGGGAGCAUUGCAAAUACUUACAGUGGCUGAUUGUCUGACGAGCAGAUCUGCAGUCUUUGAAGCCUCGCUGAGGGCCACUCUCGUUAGACUGAACUCGAGCUUGUCGAUUUCUCUGUUCGGCACAAAUCUGGAUCAAAACUUGUCGCAUUUGACAAGUGACCAGACGAGCGGGGAUUUAUCUAUGGCUGGACGGGCUUCGCUGGAUGUUUCAGCUGUUCGGCUCAUUGAUGUUCCAGAGAAGGCUCGCAAACUCCUUAACCUUUUGGAGCAGUCUAAAGAUCCACGAUUCCAUGCUCUCCCAUUGGCAUCUCAGAGAGUUUCUGCAUUUGCUGACACAGUGAAUGAACUCGUAUACGACGUCCUCAUAUCAAAAGUCAGACAGCGUCUUGGCGACGUAUCUCACAUGCCGAUCUGGUCAGCAGCUGAGGAACAAACCGCCUUCCCUCUCCCAACUUUCAGCUCAUAUCCUCAAUCCUAUGUUACAAGUGUCGGAGAAUAUCUCCUCACUUUGCCCCAACAACUGGAGCCUCUUGCCGAAGGUAUCUCCAAUAAUAGUGAUGCAAACAACGAAGAUGCUCAGUUUUUUGCAACCGAGUGGAUGUUUAAGGUGGCGGAAGGGGCAACGGCUCUUUACAUGGAGCAACUGAGAGGAAUCCAGCACGCAUCUGACCGUGGAGCACAACAGUUGUCGGUAGAUAUAGAGUACUUGAGCAAUGUGCUUUCAGCUCUCUCGAUGCCAAUCCCGCCGGUUCUCGCCACUUUCCAGACGUGUCUUGCCACGUCGAGAGAGCAGCUGAAAGAUCUGAUGAGAUCGGAAGCCGCGAAUCAGCUCGAUCUCCCCACGGCUAACCUCGUCUGCAAGAUGCGUCGGGUUAGCUUUGAUUGAGAUACAGAGGAAUUGAAAGUAUAAUUUCAAUCUUUUUUUUCCUUGUAUUGUUUUAUUGAAUUUGUGUUUUCUGAUGGGUUUUUUUUUUUCUGGACAGUAAGACAAAUAUCUUCUUUGACCAAACUGGUUUUCUUCUUACACUGCAUCUUAUGAUCUAUAUGUACAAUGACAGUUUUGGUUUUGUC